CAAAAAGAACUUCACCGAUUGCAUUAUCAUUGUUUGUUAUCAGUUUGCUGAGUCCUGCGAAUCGAAUUUUACGUCAAGUAAAUGAAUGUUUUUUCUUGGUUCUCUGCUAUUUGACGCCUGACGUAACUCAGUACUUGCUUCUUGAAUGGUCUCAACUUUAUUUGUCAGGUGGAUUGACCGUGUUAUUGCUGUUGGAUCUAGAGCUAAUCAUUCUUGCAGUGUAUCCGCCAAGAUGGAUAAGAAAUUGAAGAAAAGGCCUUUUAAAGUCUCGAUUGAAGGAAAUGUUGGAUGUGGCAAAUCUACUCUCAUUGACUAUUUUAAACAAUUCCCGGAAGUGGAUGCUUGUCCUGAACCAGUUGCUGAGUGGAGAAAUUUUCAUGGGCACAAUUUAUUACACCUCCUUUACUCGGACCCUGAUAAAUGGAACUUCCCCUUCCAACAUAAUGUUCAGUUGUCACGAUUGAAACUGCAGACCAAAGAUACUGACAAAGCUGUUCAAAUUUUCGAGAGAUCUCUCCAAAAUAACAGACACUGUUUCGUAGAAAUGGCUCAUGACGAAGGGGUUCUGACAGAUCCUGAAUACACGGCAAUGUGUGAAUGGUACAGCUGGAUAGAAAACAACUUGGACAUUGGCUUGGACUUAAUCGUUUAUUUGCGAAGCAGUCCUGAAAUUGUAUAUGAAAGAAUGUGUCGCAGAGCGAGACCUGAAGAAAAACCAGUAUCACUAGAGUACCUCACUGUGCUUCAUGAAGCAUAUGAAAAAUGGUUAAUGCAAACUGACCCUGCCUCGUUACCUGCCCCGGUUCUAGUAUUAGAUGUGAACCAAGAUCUUCCGUAUGUUUCAAAGCUGUACCAAAUGUAUGAAAAUUACAUCCUAGGGAAACAAACGGUUCCUAAGCACUGCGAUAAUGUCUUCAGUAAUGUUGGAACUCAAUCCGUAACAGUAUAACCUGCCAAUAAUUUUUCAUGAGAACAAGACUGAACCAGACUGCAGUAGAACUUAAGCUUUGUUGUAAUUUUUUUAUAGUGCAAAAAAAAUUGUUACCUUCAUUCCAAAUUUCAUCAAUCAACUUCAAUGGAUUUUGGUAAAAACUACAAAAAAAAACUGAGAAAUGAAACUCCUGUUUGUAAAAUCUCAAAAAUUGUUUUUGCAAUCACCCUUUUCUGCCAGUUGUUCCUCAAACUAGUUUUGUCCCAUCAGCUGCAAUCGUCGUUUAUAGAUUUGUUAAGUGGAUAGACACACCAAGUUGUUAGUUCCAAUAAGAUAAAUUAGGGCUUUUACUGAUGUCUGCGUAUUUUUUUACCUUUUUUAAUAAUGUUAAGUAUAAGUCAUCCUCUACCCAUUACGUCCAGGAAUGUAAUGAAUGCUCAAUGUGUGGGGGUUAAGUUUAAGUCAGGAAAUGGGAGUAUAAACGUAAUAAAAUGAAGAUAUGCAAGCUUCUGAAGCUCAUUUUAAAUGUUGAAGCUAAUGAGUCAUUGUGAGCAAAUGCUUUUUUUUCCUCUAUUUUUUUCUAAAUUUCACAAUGAUUCAUUGGUAUGACUUAUUUCAUAGUUUUAGUUUAGCUCAGACCCAUCAAGAGAAUUUAAUAUUCGCAAAUCCAAAAUGUUACUGUUGGUCCCUAAACAUGAUUUAUUUUUGUAGGUCUGUAAGUUUGUAUUGACAAUUAAAACGUAGAGACUUAGGAGGAUGUCCGGAACAUAGCAACAUAGCCUUUCUUAUAUUAAUACCCGGUGGCCUAAUCAGAGGCUUUGGUACACUUAAAUAAAUAAGACAGAAAGUAAUUAAAAGUUCUCCUUUCUGAAAGUUAAAUGUUUAUCCAGUGGUUUGGAAUCAUGUUUGGUUUUCAUAGGCUGAAAAAAUGGUUUAUUUUACAUGGUUUGUGAUAAUGUGUUUCACUUGGCGGAAAAUUGAAAAUUUUGUUGUAUCAAAAUGUGCAAUAAUUGCAAAUAAUGUCUGAAAUAGCAGUUAAAUCAAAACUGGCCACUACCUCUUUUAAAGCUCUCAUAAGUUUAGGAUGGUAUUGUCCACGACUUUUGUAUCUCAACUAAUGCCCAUUUGAUUUCUAUUUCAGCCAUCAGUUUCCUCCAUUUUAUACAAUAGUAAAGCAAAUUGUGUAAAUUUUUUCAAGAAAACUGUUAUUUUUUAAAUUCUGACCAACAGCGUGAAUGCAACGUAAACCUUAAUUAUGUAGGUACAAAAAUUAGUCAGUAAGGGAAGGUAUGUUAGUGUUUUUUGAAAAGUUUCUUUAACGUUGAUGUUUAGAAAACAUCAGAGAUACUUAAAUACUUUGUUUUCUUUUUGCACUGUUAGUUAUUUUCUAUUUUUAUAAUUGUCUUUUUCUGCAAGAGUAGAAAUUCAUUUUCAUACACAUUUAAUAUAGUUUUUAUUAGAUUUUUUUCCCCCAAUGAAAGUUUGUUUUUUAUCGUAAGUUGUGUCUUUUUACAGUCACACAUUUUUUUUUAAGCUGAUCAGUUUUGCUUAUUUUAAUUAAAUUUCCUUUACUAAAUCUUCCCCUAAAGUAUCCGAGAGCCUGUAAUUUAUUUAGUUAUACUUACCUUAGUUCUCUAGAUUCAACAAUUAGUAUAGUUUCAGUUGCUGAUAGUGGCUCAAUCUUGAGAUACUCCAUACUACACGCUAUUAAGUAGCACUAAGCAUUUGAGUGAAAUACCUAGAUAUACUGCCUAAAUCAAUCUCUAUUUUCUUAUGCAUUCUGAAAUGGCUAUGUAGGUAAAGUGCUUGCUCAUCAUGAAAAAGAAGAAGACUUGGUUUUUACUUAUUUUGUUUAAUAAAGUAAAUCUAGUCUGAAUGUUUGUGUGGAUCUAGUUGCUAUACUUGAGCAGAUUUUUAUGGAUUAAAAUGUUUUGUAUGAUUGAAAAUAAAAAUUUAUGUUGAUCACUCAAAGA